AUGGAGGCAAUCAAACAAGUCUUCGCGACCUGCAAAGCAGACAAUCGCGCCGCGCUGGUUACAUACUUAACAGCCGGAUACCCCGAUAUCAAUGAGACAGUUGAGAUAAUGCUCUCAAUGCAAUCUGGAGGCGCAGAUGUUAUCGAGCUCGGUAUCCCAUUCACAGAUCCUCUGACGGAUGGAACAACAAUUCAGAACUCAAACGCCGUGGCACUUCAAAAUGGUGUCCGGAUCCCAAAUAUGCUCUCCAUGGUCCGCCAAGCAAGACAGAAGGGACUAUCCGCUCCGGUACUACUAAUGGGAUACUACAAUCCUGUACUUGCGUAUGGAGAGGAGAAAAUAAUUCGGGAUUGUCGCGAUGCAGGCGUGAAUGGAUUUAUCAUCGUUGAUUUACCGCCAGAGGAGGCAGUGCGGUUCAGAGAUUUGUGUAAACGGGAUGGGCUUUCCUACGUUCCUCUCGUCGCACCCGCAACUCCAGACUCAAGGAUGAAAAUGCUCUGUGGAAUUGCGGACUCAUUCAUAUACGUCGCCUCUCGGAUGGGAGUAACCGGUGCCACCGAAGCGCUGGAUGAAGGGCUAGAAACACUUCUUAAGCGCGUCCACCUCUACACAGGGGAUGGUGUUCCAGCCGCAGUUGGUUUCGGGAUCAACACAAGGGAGCACUUUGUGAAAGUCGCACGUAUCGCGGAGGGGGUGGUAAUUGGCAGCAAAAUCAUCACUGUGCUACGAGAUGCACAGCCUGAAAAAAGAGCCGAGGCGGUCCAAGAAUACUGCAUGCAUGUUAGUGGACGAACAGAGCCCAGAGUUAUCUCAAAUGAACCUGCAAAAUCGCCAUCGCCAUCACCAUCCAAGGACCAAAAUGAGCAAAGCGCACCAAUUCAAAUCACCCAAUCAAUUUUGAGCAACGCAGACAAACAUAUGCGCUUCGGCCAAUUCGGCGGCCAAUACGUUCCGGAAGCUUUGAUGGAAUGUCUUACAGAGCUAGAGGAAGGGUUUCAAAAAGCAAAAGUCGACCCAGCCUUUUGGGCUGAGAUUCGCUCUUUCGACGCAUACACGAAUAGACCCUCGAAUCUCCAUCUCGCUCCGCGUUUAACAGCCCAUGCAGCUGGUGCGCGUAUCUGGUUAAAGCGCGAAGAUUUGAACCAUACAGGAAGUCACAAGAUCAAUAAUGCACUGGGACAAAUUGUCCUAGCGCGUCGACUGGGAAAGACGGCUAUCAUUGCUGAAACAGGUGCGGGACAACAUGGCGUAGCGACAGCAACGUUGUGUGCGCAUUUCGGACUCAAAUGUACGAUUUUCAUGGGUUCUGAAGAUGUCCAGCGACAGGCGCUGAAUGUGUUUAGGAUUAAAUUGCUUGGCGCAACUGUCAUUCCUGUUCCUGGGGCGAAGGGAGAAAAAGGCACCCUUCGGGAUGCGGUCAAUGCUGCGUUUAGAACGUGGGUAACUGAGCUUAAAACGACGCAUUUUGUUAUCGGCUCUGCAUUUGGACCAUACCCAUACCCUGGGAUUGUGCGAACACUUCAAUCUGUCAUUGGAACUGAGACCCGUGAACAGUUUCAAGCUGAGAAAGGGAAACUGCCUGAUGCCGUUGUUGCAUGUGUGGGUGGAGGAUCUAAUGCUUCGGGAAUGUUUCAUCCGUUCUUGGAGGAUGAGAGUGUUGCAUUAGUUGGAGUUGAGGCGGGAGGUAAUGGGGAAGAGAUUGGACAGCAUUCUGCGACAUUGGGACGUGGAAGUGUUGGUGUUUUGCAUGGGGUGAGGACUUACGUGCUUCAGGAUGAGGAUGGUCAGAUUUCUGAUACGCAUUCUAUUUCUGCGGGAUUGGAUUAUCCCGGUGUUGGGCCGGAGUUGUCUGCUUGGAAGGAGUCUGGACGGGCUAGUUUCAUUGCUGCUACGGAUGAGGAUGCGUUGGAUGCUUUCCGGUUGUUGAGUCAGACUGAGGGUAUUAUUCCGGCGUUGGAGAGUGCGCAUGCUGUUGCUGGGGCUGUUAGGGUUGCGAGGGAGCUUGGUCCGGAUAAAGACGUUGUUAUUUGUCUUUCUGGGAGGGGAGAUAAAGAUGUCCAGACUGUGGCUGCUUUGAUGGGAGAGACUUUGGUCUGA